AUGGCCUGCAUACGUGUACCGUUGCAACAAGAGGAGUAUGAAAAGGCAGAACAUUGUCUGCUAAAAAUGGCACAGGCGGAAAGCUUCAUCGACGAGCUGAAGGUGCUGAAACGAAAUAAAGAUAGACCAAUAAAUCAAUGGCUUCCGUUAGAGAAAUCCAGUCCACUGAAAAAGCUGACUCCGCUAAUCGACGAAAAUGGCUUGAUUCGAAUGGAAGGCCGCUGCGAGCGAGCAGAAGAUCUUCCGUUUGAUUUAAGGUUUCCAGUAAUUUUACCAGACAACUCAAGGAUUACCAAUCUGAUUGUCCAAAACCUUCAUGAGAGGUGUGGUCAUGGAUAUCGACUAGCGGUGAAAAACAAACUCAGGCAGUCGUUUCACGUAAUUCAUGUGGAUGCAGUGGUGAGAAAGGUAUCGUCGGCUUGCAUCUGGUGCAAAGUUCAUCGUAAUCGUCCUCAAGUUCCUAGAGAAUCUCCGUUGCCAGUGCAGCGAUUGACUCCGAAUCUCAGACCAUUCAGUUUCGUGGGAGUUGAUUACAUGGGACCAUUUGAAGUGGUUGUUGGACGGCGCAAAGAAAAACGCUGGAUAGCAUUAUUCACAUGCAUGGUAACGCGAGCGGUGCAUCUAGAGGUGGCUCAUGGGUUAACCACGCAGUCCCGCUUGAUGGCGAUAAGCCGUUUCAUCUGUCGUCGAGACUGGCCGAUCAAAUUUAUUUCCGAUAACGGUACCAAUUUUCAAGGGUCUAGUAAAGAGUUAUUGGCGCUGCUUGAAAACAUCGUGUUCGAUUGUGCAGAUCAAUUCACUAAUGCGAGGACUAAGUGGAGAUUCAAUCCACCUGCGGCACCUCAUAUGGGGGGUGUGUGGGAGCGACUGGUUCGCUCAACCAAAGAAAUUUUGAAGGCCCUAGAUGAUGGUAAACGACUUACUGAUGAGAUUCUCCAGACGUGCAUCGUGGAAGCAGAGGACAUGAUAAAUUCACGUCCGCUUACGUACGUGUCACAAGAAUCAGAUGAAAUGGAAGCGUUGACGCCAAAUCAUUUCCUGCGGGGCCCUCCAUCCAGCCUCCGAAACGCAGCGAUUCCACCCCCGUAUCCGGCUGAGGCUCUUCGAGAUACCUACAAACGAUCACAACAGUUAGCGAGUGAGCUGUGGCAACGCUGGAUCAAAGAGUAUGUUCCGUCAUUGAAUCAACGCACAAAGUGGUUUGGCGAAACGAAACCACUGAAAGCGGGCGACUUGGUGUAUAUUGUCGAAGGCAACAACCGGAAGUGCUGGGUCCGCGGAAUAGUAGAAGAACCCAUCGUGUCUAGCGAUGGACGUAUACGGCAGGCAUGGGUGCGUACCAGAACUAAGCGAUACAAGCGUGCUGUAGUGAACUUAGCCGUGCUGGAGUUAGAAGCUGGUAACACCGAACCGGACAUAACUUCCGGACCAGGGUUACGGGUCGGGGAAUAUGUUGGGAGCACUGCAGAUCUACUACCGCACGGUAUGUGAAGUGCCACAAGGGUGGAUAUGUUUGUAAACAAACAAAGUUGACAGAGAUAGGAGAGAGGUUGAGAAUGAGAGAUAGAGUUGCCAGAAGAAGAAAAUAAAGAAAUACUAUACAAGUGGAAUGUUAUUGAUAGUAGGAAAUUUAUGAAAAGGAAGUGUUUCUAUAGAGCUGAAUUAGAUACGAAAAUAAUAGAAUUCAGGACAUUACACAUAGAAAUCUUGUAAGCAUAAAUUCAAAUUAAAUUUACAAGCUUUGAAACAAUAUUUAUGGCACAGAUACAACGAACAGGAAUUUAACAUUUCACACGGAAAAGUAUUUGGAGCCAACGUAUAAAACAAAUUGUCGAUCCACACGUAGAGAGUAUAUAGAGGAAGGAAGAAAGGAAGAGGAAUUAAGAAUUUAAAGGAACACUAAUUCUUUGAUCGGCUG